UCAGGCUUGCACAUUGCGCAGAGUACAGGAGUCAAGUCAGGGGCAGACCAAGGCCUUUAGCCAGGAGAAGUGAAACUAGACAGAACCGGCCAUUCUUCACCACCGGCGAGAGUGGAGCAGGAGGUCCACCGCGGCGUCGAGCUUGGCCAGUGUCGGGACGCCUGAACGGCUAAUAGUGGACUGUCAAUCUCUACCUGAAACGCGGCCUCCGUGCAAAUUUCAGUAAGCCUGUCCGAGGCUAUUCCGGAGCACGCAGUGAUGUCGACUUUAGGCGGGAGAUGAGGAGCUUGGAAAGACGUGAAACCGCUGGUGGUGCAGUUAUUUUUGUCUCUAAUGAAUCAGUCUAGUCAGUGCUCAAUCAGUAAUAAUCAACCAGGAGACAGACGGAUAUAAAGCGCAGACUGGUACCCCGAUCAUCCUGAAUCAAUCAACCCUUCAGUUCCUUCUCACCUCCAAGGCACAAUACAAAAUGGUCGCUUUCUCUUCUCUCUUCCUCGCCAUCUCCGCCGUCACCGGCGCAUUCGCUGCCCCCGGCGACUCGUCGCUCGUCGAGCUGGCCAAGCGCGGUCAGGGCACGAACAACGGAUACUUCUACUCGACCUGGUCGGACGGUGCCGGCGAGGUGAGCUACACCAACGGCAACGGCGGCCAGUACAGCGUCGACUGGAAGGAUGCCGGCAACUUUGUUGUCGGCAAGGGCUGGAACCCGGGUAGCUCCAACGCCAUCACCUACAGCGGUACCUUCUCGCCCAACGGCAACGGCUACCUGUCCGUGUACGGCUGGACCAGAAACCCUCUGGUGGAAUACUACAUCGUCGAGAACUACGGCGACUACAACCCGUCGACGGGCGCGGAGCAGAUCGGCAGCGUCACCAGCGACGGCAGCAACUACAAGAUCUACAAGACGACGCGCACCAACGCUCCUUCGAUCGAUGGCACUGCCACCUUCACUCAGUUCUGGUCCGUCCGCGACAACCUGCGCACCGGCGGUACCGUCACCGUCCAGAACCACUUCGACGCCUGGGCCAAGUCCGGUCUGUCGCUGGGAGAGCACAACUACCAGAUCGUGGCCACCGAGGGAUACCAGAGCAGCGGGUCUGCUUCUAUCACCGUGCAGUAG